AUGAUUUUGCAUUUCCAGGGAGGAUAAAUGUGUUUGUAAACAAAACAGUUCUCCUCCCUGUCAACUUGUGCACACUGCUUUAGAUGGCUGUGCACAGCCAUCCAUAGCAGUGUGCUUACAGUGAAGCACACGGACACAGGCCAAUAGUAAAACACACCCAGCACACAGUUAACCCUUUGAUCACCCCUCAUGUUAACCCUUUCCUGCCCAGUGCCAUUAGUACAGUGUCAGUGCUUUUUUUUUAGCACUGAUCACUGUAUUGGUGUCACUGGGGAUAUCAGUGACACUAAGUCAGUUCCCCCCAGUGUCAGAAUGCCCGCCACAGUCCUG